AUGACAGAGUCCUAUGUCGUCGGGUUCAGGAUCUUCGAUGGAAAAAGCUUGCGCACGGAGGACGGCAACCCGUGUGACCCCUACGUGAAAGUGCAGUGUCAUGACCAGACUUACUGGUCGAGCACGGUCGAAAACCGAGAUGCUUUCGUCCCGUGGAAUGAGACCAACAUUUGGCCUACAGUCGAAAUGUCUUCCAGAGAGUUUGAGACGGCGACCAUCGAGUUUUCAAUCUAUGCGAAGUACUGGUUCACCAGGGAUUUUCUGAUUGGAAAAACUACACUGCAGUUGUCCUUCAUCAACCAGCGAAGGCACCAUCUUUAUGCUAGGAAAUGGUUGCCCUUACAGCGGGAAGAUACCACCGAAUGCACGGGUAUGCUCAACGUCAGCGUGUUUGCCUUGAAGCCAGGGGAGCAGGCGCCCAGCGCUACACAGCAGGAGCAGGAGCAGCACGAUGACGAGGACGGUGAUGAUCCAGCAGCUGCGGACGACAAGCUGACCUUGACCCAGGCACAAAUGAAAUUGAAGAUAGACGUGCCAUUGGGAACAGCACAUUAUGUUCAGAUCAACGUGCACCGUGUGGAGGAUCUUCGAGAGCUGGUUUUUCCUGGGGGCUUGCCGAGUCCAUACGUGACCGUAGAGUUUGCAAGCUGCCAGCUCCAGACCAGUAAGGGAGAUCAGGUGAAGGCGUUUGCCUUCAACGAGUGCUUACAGAUCCCAGUUCGGACACCUUUGUACGAAGACGCAAUUAUUUUAAAACUUUGGAGUGCAGGUUGGUUUACCUCUGAUAUUCUGCUUGCCCAGGGCGUUAUUUCUUUUAGCGAGCUGAGGAACAAGUCUCUGCCGCCUCGUUGGUUUCCCCUCUACGGAUGGAACGUGGAGGAGGUCCCCGACUCGAGCCAGAUAGCGGGAUCUGGUGGGGAUCUGGAUAAGAAUUUCUUCAUGGGAUGUUUGCUGAUAUCUGGCCUGGUAGUUCCUCUCGAGGAGGGCGAUCAGCUGCAGCCGGCAAACGUGCUUCCCUGUAGGACAAUCGCCGAUCCGCCCAUGAUGCAAGUGGCCCUGCUUGCGGAUGUCUACAUGGUCGUCGGUGCAGAGGGCCGGAACUGCAGGGUUGAGCUCAGCUUCGGCUCCACGAGCGAGUCCACCCUAGAGGUGUCUUGCGACGCAGAGAGUGCGACCUCCAGGAUGGAAGAGGCGCAGAAGCAGCAGGACACCAUGGCACACACUGUCGCUGCGCCAGCGUCCGCGAUGGACCUGGAGUCUACCGCUGGCAACCUCGAUGGAGCGACAGAGGAUGACACCCCCUUUAUCUUCAGCGAAACAACAGGCAUGAUAAAGCCGGUGAAUGUCACGGUGCCAGAGGAUCCUGCCUCGCAGCCAUGGGUCAUGAUCAACGUGUAUACCGAUGGAUACUUCAGCUCUUUUCAGCGCGUGGGCUGCGCUAAGCUGCGCCUGGCUGAUGUGGACGAGCGCAAUCCGAAUGAGGCGCCCCCGCCGAGGUUCCAUGCCACCACCCCGAUGCCGAAUGCAUCCUCCAAGAGCGCCCCCUCUGUGCUGAUCGCCAUCGAGAGGAACAAUACCGAUGACGUUGUGCGUUUCAAGAGAGCAAAAAUCACUCCGAUGGUGUACAUCGUCAGAGCGUACUGCUUCCUGGCCCGCCACAUCAUGUUUGAUGACAUGAAGCAGACGGUGAGAGAGGCGGAUCAUUAUGCUCUCCGGGUUGCCUGCGCGGGCAAGUCCAAGUCUACUAAGCUUCUGAAGGGGCCCCGCCCAACAUGGAUGGAAGUUGUAGACCUAAAGGUGAUCUUGUGUGCCAACCCUGGUCAAAGGGAGCCAACCAUUGAGCCGAUAACAGCCACUCUCGUGCAGGGGGGCUCCGUGUCUUUGUUCAACAGGGACGUGGGCAAGGCGACCUGCCUUUACACCCACCUCCGCAAAAGGGACAAGAAUAUGAAGUUUGAGCCGUUCAGGCUGAAACCUCAGUGGAUUGUAAUAUCCGCGCAGAACGGUGCAAAAAAGGUUGGCGAAAUCUUAGUGGACUUCGAGCUGCUGCAACACAAGCAUCGCAAGCAGGAAGAGCUGAUGCCGCGCGAGAUGUGGCCCCAACCAGAGCACAGCUUCCAGCGCGCCGUCGUCUCGGAGUCUGCAGUUGCGCAGCGGGCGCGCGCCGUGGGUCGCGAGGCCAGGCCUCCCUCGGGCGGGGCUCCGGGGGUGCUCCUUGGCUUCGGCGAGGGCGCGCCCUGCUCGGGCUUGCGCUCGAGUGGACUAGGCGCUGUGCUCGCAGCAGAAAUCGAGAAGCCGAUCGUGGAGGUGGAAGUUAGCAGUUUCGUCCGGCCACUGGGCGACAUGGCCGAGGAGCACGAGAGCGACCAAGAGCGUCCCCAGGGGAAGCUUGUCUUCAAAUACAAAGAGAUGGCGGACGUCCCUGGCCUCGUCGAGCGGCAUUCCAGGCUGCGAAGGUGGAAAACGAAGCUGGGCGCGUACGGCAGUGUUGACGGUGCGAAUUUCGAGUUCUUGCAGGUCGGGAGGGCCCGUUGUCUCAUUCCCGAUAACCCGAUCUUCGAGCCUUACAUCACAGUGAGGGUUCUAGAGGAACCGGGCAGCUGGAGUAUGGCUCAAGAGCCCACGUUGGUGGGGGAAUCUAGGCAUUCGCUCGGGCAUCUGCUCCCGUGCUGCUGGCUUAAGGGCGUCCGUCUAGAUGUUCCUUAUGCGGACCAGUCAGAGAUGAUCGAGAAGAAAAUGAGCCAGGCGCGGGAGAGUGUCGCAGUGCGUGAUAGCUUCCAACAGCAAACACUCGGCGAGAAGGAGAAGGAGGUAAAGCAGUUGAAGCAGGUCGACAUGCUGAACCAGUCCUUGUCGUACACAACGGCUGCGCUGCCAACCCGCGAAGAGGAGGACUGCUCGGACUUCGUCGACGGGAAGGCACUCCCCGAACCGCUGCGGCGUGGGAAAACGAGGCGGCCGUUGGAUCUGGCGGACAAGAGCAUGAACAUGCAGGACGAGGCCGGCUUUUCGCCACGGCAAGGCGACCCAGUGGUACAUCACACUGGGGACAAUGCGCGUAAGACCGUUCACGGUUACCUCGAGGAUUCUACUUCGGCGGAUUUUCACAAUGAUUUCUUCUUCAAGAAUAUACCAUUGUUACGAAAUCAUGACAUCAUUGAGAAGAACACUAAAGAGAGUUCUUUGGAUUGGAAUUUUGAAUCUGGUCGUUGUUAUGGCUUCGUGAAGUGUAGUUACAAGCUUGUCGACGGUUGGAACGAGGAGGAGGAGGAAGGAGAGCAUGAGCAGACUGAUUUCAGAUGGAUGAAUGAACAAACGCAAGUCGACCCCAGAGACGUGUACAAGUUGAAGCAGUCCUUCGAAUUUAACGAGAAUCUCGAUUCUUUCGCCUUCGACGACGAGGGAUUCCCGAAGCAUUUCAAGGAGCAUUUGCCCAGCCGUGUCCGAGUCCGCAUCUAUCUGGUGAAGGCAGUCACAAUCUACUCGAAGAGCUCCGGCUUCGCGGACCCCUAUAUCGAGUAUCAGUUGGGUCGUAAACACCACGUGCAGCUCCGGAAUAUGGCACAGUUUUCGACUAACACGCCCGAGUUUUAUCGGAUUGAGGAGCGCGACAUAGAGCUUCCAGAGGAAGGCAGGCUCGAGGUGCGCGUGAUGGACAUGCAGGAUCUGUCGCUUUCGGACACGUGCAUCGGAAGCACCGUUAUUGACCUGGAAGACAGAUGGCAUUCUAUUGAGUGGCAGAAACACAGUGACGCUGCAAACGUCCCUAUAGAAGUUCGGUCGCUGUUCACAGAGGAAACGCAAGGGAAGAACCGGGGCAGUAUCGAGAUGUGGAUAGAGAUGCACGACGUUACCAAACAUGAUGUGCCACCAUCUUUCUUGCGUAAGCCGGCGGAUACGGAAUUGGAAAUACGCUUGGUGAUUUGGACGGCAUGCGACGUCAAGCUCAUCGCUGGCGAAGAAGAGUAUACGAAUGUCCAGGUAUCAACGCAGCUGGACUGCAAGGAGUACGGUGGCGAAUAUACCUACCCUGCGUUGCAGGAAACAGACGUCCACUACACUUGCAAGGACGGGCAAACGGCCGUCUUCAACUGGCGCAUGGUUUAUCCUAACAUCAAGAUGCCAGUGACAGUGUGCAAUCUAUCGCGCUUGCUCGCCUUGUGCCAAUUUGUGGCGGAUGGACUGGUUUGUCUCUACCACUACGAGAUGACCGGCAAGACGUUCAUUGGCAGCGCGAACAUCGGCUUGAAGCGGUUUGUGGAGAAGGUGGCCAGGGACUCCGACGCGCAGACAAUCGGCCCGCACGACCUCAAGUUCACAAACGUGGAGAGCGGUGGCGAGCACGAGGCCGUCGGCACCGUGACCAUGACGAUGUACGUGCUCACGCAGGGCGAGGCGUCCGCCAGGAAGGUGGGCUGGCAGCGCGAGGAGCCGAACGAGGACCCGCAGCUGAUCACGCCCACCGAGGGCCGCGACUGGGGUACGUACCUGGAGGCAUUCGGCUUCGAGUGGCCCGACUUCAGCGGCAUGUGGAAGAAGAUGCUGCCCAUGGUCGCGGUGGCGGGCGCGUUCCUUCUGGCGCUCGUCAUGCUUAAGCUGAUUGGAAUCUUCUGA